AUGCCGUUCGGGAACACCCACAACCAGCUGAAGCUGAACUACUCCUCCGAGCAGGAGUUCCCGGACCUGAGCCAGCACAACAACCACAUGGCCAAAGUCCUGACCCCCCAGAUGUACCAGAACCUGCGGGACAAGGAGACCCCCAGCGGGUUCACCGUGGACGACGUCAUCCAGACCGGCGUAGACAACCCAGGUCACCCGUUCAUCAUGACGGUCGGUUGCGUCGCUGGAGACGAAGAGACGUACGAAGUCUUCAAAGAGCUUCUGGACCCGGUUAUCGAAGACCGCCACGGGGGCUACAAGCCAUCGGACAAACACAAGACCGACCUGAACUCUGACAACCUGCAGGUAGACCACCGGACCCCCAUCCCUGGCGGAGACGAUCUGGAUCCGAACUACGUGCUGAGCUCCCGGGUCCGGACCGGUCGGAGCAUCCGUGGGUUCUGCCUGCCGCCGCACUGCAGCCGCGGAGAACGCCGCGCCAUCGAGAACCUCUCCAUCGAAAGUCUGGACAUCCUGGACGGAGACUUGAAGGGGAAGUACUACGCUCUGAAGAACAUGACGGACGAGGAACAGCAGCAGCUGAUCGAUGACCACUUCCUGUUUGACAAACCCGUCUCCCCUCUGCUGCUGUCAUCUGGCAUGGCCCGCGACUGGCCCGACGGCCGCGGCAUCUGGCACAACGAUAACAAGACCUUCCUGGUGUGGGUGAACGAGGAGGAUCACCUGCGUGUCAUCAGCAUGCAGAAAGGAGGCAACAUGAGGGAUGUGUUCUCCCGCUUCUGCACCGGACUCACCAAGAUCGAGAGCUUGUUUAAGGAGCGAGGUCACGAGUUCAUGUGGAACGAACACCUGGGAUACGUCCUCACCUGUCCAUCCAACCUGGGGACCGGGCUGAGGGCCGGAGUCCACGUCAAGCUGCCCAACGUCAGCAAGCACGAGAAGUUCGGAGAGAUCCUCAAGAGGCUGAGGCUGCAGAAGAGAGGCACAGGUGGCGUGGACACGGCGGCGGUGGGCGGAGUCUUUGACAUCUCGAACGCCGACCGGCUGGGCUUCUCAGAGGUGGAGCUGGUCCAGAUGGUCGUGGACGGAGUCAACCUGCUGGUGGACAUGGAGAAGCGUCUGGAGGGCGGCGAGAGCAUCGACGACCUGAUGCCCGAGCAGAAGUGA